UAAAUCAAAAAUAAAUACCCAAACCACAUGCUUAGGAAACACGAUUAGUUAUGCCAUCCUCUAUCAUUGAUAUCCUACUACUAUUUCCAGUUAUUCUCUGCUACCUUUGUUAUACAAGAUGGAAGCUGAGAGGAAAAAUACCUGUGGAAUGUCAACCACCUCCAAAGUUACCCUCUGUCGACCCCUUCUUCGGCCUGGAUCUAUUUAAAGAAUCUCUUAAGAUAAGCAAGGAGCACAAGAUUUUAGAGACUCACGCAAAGCAGCAUGAUAUGUAUGGCAAGACCUUUCAGGCUUUACGUCUUGGGCGGACCACCAUUUAUACUGUGCAUCCAGACAAUUUGAAGGCCAUAUAUGGAACAAAUUGGAAGGAAUGGGGUACAGGAAGAGCUGAUGCCAUGGAAACUUUUUGUGGCAGAGGUUUCAUUACUAGGAAUGGCGAAGAAUGGCGAAGUCAUCGAGCUUUAUUUGCUUCAACUUUGACGGAGGCCAAUACUGUUAAUCUAAAACUCCUUGGUGAGGCUUAUGAACAGUACAUACAAGACUUGCCAUCAGAAGGGGAGACUGUAGAUUUGGCGCCAAUUUUCAACGAACUGGUGAGUUUAACUUAGAAUAAAAUCUGGAUAUACAUUGAUCAGCUGCAGUUUUUGGAUCUAUCACUUCAGUUCUUGUUCGGUAAGCGUCUUGCAACAUUAUACUCGGGAGAUUUUGCGGUGGAUAUGCAUACUUUUGAGGAUGCAUUCAAUACUGCACAAGGUUGGAUGGGCAUACGGCUAGCAUUUGGAAAGAUUGGACGCGGUGUCUCUUUAAUAAGUAAGAAAUGGAGGGAAUCGUGCAAGAAAGUGCAUUCAUUUGUGGAUCAUCAUAUUACCGAGGCACUGGAGAAAUCAAAAGUUUCAAAGCCAGAGGAGUCUGCUUUAAGUCUCCUCGAGAAAUUAGUAUUGCGCGGAAAAAGCAAGGGUGAGAUCCGCUCGCAAAUCAUCCAAGGUAUGUUAGUUACCCAAGACACGACAGGGAUAGUUUUAAGCAAUACUAUUUUCUUGUUGUCUCGACAUCCAGAAGUAUGGGCGCGUCUUCGAAAGGAGGUUGCAGGUCUCGGACCAUUCGAGGAUUGGAGCGCAGCCGACUUGAAGAAUCUCAAACUUCUUCAUAAUAGUAUUAAAGAAUGUAAGUUAACUUUACUCAAGAAUUUUCGGACUUUUAGUCGCUAGAAAACUAACAACAAUAGCUCUACGCAUCUAUCCUCUGUUUCAUGCAAACGGUCGUGUAGCUCUUACCAAGACCACACUUCCAACUGGCGGAGGUCCAGAUGGUAAAGCUCCGAUAUUUAUUCCAGUUGGCGCAAGCGUUAGCACAAACUUCUACAAACUCCACCGAGAUAAAUCUAUAUUCGGUGAGGAUAUCGAAAUAUUCAAUCCCGACCGAUGGAAUGAUAUCUUUCCAAACAAUUGGGAAUAUAUGCCAUUUAGUCACGGUCCGCGGAGCUGCGCUGGUCGACACAAAGCCGUAGGGGAGGCUUCAUACAUAAUUGCUAGGAUGGCACUUCAGUUUGAGAUGAUAGAGACUCGUGAUAAUAGGACAUGGACUGAAGACGUGAAAUUGGUAGUGAAGAAUGGUAAUGGCUGUCAGGUUGCGUUGUGUACGGCACAAUGAGUGGCAUCGCCCCUACCUAUGAUAAUUCGUCCUAUUUAUCAUGCACUAGAAUUCCAACUUUGAAU